GGGGUUUGCUCCUAGGUUGCAACCGGGCGCGCGAUGGACUUCCAGAGCUACAACUACUCCAAUUACUCCGGCCUGGAGGACUACAACUUCGAAGAGUUUGGCGACUACGAGGUCCCCGCCAGCCACCGCGCCGUCCUGGCGCUCUACGCCAUCAUCUUCCUCCUGGGCGUGCUGGGCAACGCCGCCGUCAUCUGGGUGAGCGGCUUCGAGCUGCGGCGCACGGUCAACGGCGUCUGGUUCCUCAACCUGGCGGUGGCCGACCUCCUCUGCUGCCUGGCCUUGCCCUUCCUGGCCCUCCCGCUGGCCCAGGACCACCACUGGCCCUUGGGGGCCUUCGCCUGCAAGCUCCUGCCCUCCCUCACCAUCCUCAACAUGUUCGCCAGCGUCUUGCUCCUGAUGGCCAUCAGCGCCGACCGCUGCGCCCUGGUGACGCGGCCGGUGUGGUGCCAGAACCACCGGACCCUGACGGUGGCCCGGGGGGCUUGCGCGGCCGCGUGGGUGCUGGCCGCCCUCCUCACCCUCCCCUCCUUCAUCUUCCGCACCGUGCGGCGGGACCCCUUCUCCGAGAAGGAGACGUGCGUCUUGGCCUACCUGGUGGUCGGGCGGCACCAGCGCCUCACCGAGCUCCUCAUCACCGCCUCCCGCUUCGUCUUCGGCUUCCUCGUGCCCUUCGUGGUCAUCACCAGCUGCUACGGGCUGCUGCUGGCCCGCGUCCACAGCAAGCGCUUCACCCGCUCGAAGAAGGCCACCAGGCUCAUCCUGGUGGUCAUCGUCAGCUUCUUCGCCUGCUGGCUGCCCUUCCACGUGGUGGGGCUCAUCCUGGCCUCCACCCAUUCGCACAGCGCCUUGUUCAAGAGCGCGGUGGCGGUGGACCCCCUGGCCACCGGCGUGGCGUACAUCAACAGCUGCAUCAACCCCAUCAUCUACGUGGUGAUGGGCCAGGACUUCAAGGGCAAGUGCCAGCGCUCCUGGCGCGCCGUGCUGCGCAGCGUGAUGAGCGAGGACCUCUCCGGCAGCACCCUGGGCGACAGCCACAUGAAGACCAAGUCCACCGUGGACGACCACAGCGUCAGCACCAACGUGUGACCUCCUGCCUGAGGCCACCGCCUUCUCCUCCUCUCCUGGGGGGUCUGGGUGGGACCCGCAUCUACAAGGGGACGCGUCUGUCAUCCCCUAUCCUUUUUUCCAGAGCGGGGAAGCUGGAGGGUCAAAGCAGCCCACGUCUUGACCUCGUGGACCUCCUGGAGGCUCUCCUGGAGGCCACCACGCUCCAGACUCCUGGAGCUGCCUCCUCCUCCUCCAAUCCUGGACCCUGCGCCCCGCUCUCAGCCCCAUAAAAACCACCUGAAGCCCUCCCCGCCCCAUGUCCCCGUGGGUCAGCGAGCUCUGAGGUGAGGCCGAGCCUCCCUGAGCCUCCUCCCGUUGAGCUAAAUCCACCCCAAAAUGCCAGGGUGGGGCGUGCCCCACCAAAAGGGGGUCACCCCCUUCGCCCCGGCCACCUCAGCCCCGUGCCUUCGCCGUAGCCGUGUCCGAUGUCGCCAAUAAAUCGCUGAGCCACUGCGGGU